GUGAAAUUAAAUAUGCAACUAAUUUUUGGACUGGCCUAUAAUUAAGCAAACUAUGAUUAGCAGACAAUUAAUGCGCAUCAACGCAGUAAAUGUGCCCUGGAAAUGAAUGUUAAAUAUUCAAGAUAAAAGUAAUUAAAUUAAUUUCGCGUCGGACAAAGAAUAAUACGGAAGUGUCUAUGCAAAGUUCAGCAACAACAAGGGCAUGAAAAUUAAAUUCAUAUAAAAAAACAGUGCGUAUGAAAAGCCAGCCAACACGGAAUGGCGGCGGGAAAAGCAUCAGCUGCGGAAAAGUAAACAUAAAGUUUGGGAAUUCUGUCAGAGUGACUGUGUUGGCGCAGUAACCGGGACUUCAUAAUUUCCAUCCGGUUGUAUUUAAAUUAUACUCAAGGUGCCGCUUGGCCACGCAACUUUGCCGCGCAACGGGAGCUCCACAUGGCGUAUACGUAAUGUUCCUGCGCGAAAAAUGGGCCAACUGUCAAUGAGUGACUGCCGGGCCGCGGCAGUAGUCCACGUCCUCGUCGGAUCUCCUGGCGCAUGAUAGGCCAUCUGCCGGCUGCAGAAAUACUAACAUUCAUAAGUCAGGAGUUGGAGGAGUCAAAGCCGGGUCAAUGACCGUCGUCGUCCGGCUCCUGCCGCUGAUUCUGCUGCUGCUCCUGCCGCUGGCGGUGCUGCCCCACCAGACGACGGAUGUCGCCGCCGUCAACCACCAGCAGCAUGUGGCGGAUCAGAAGUUCCAACUGCCGGCCGUUCCGCUGCCGCCGCCGCCGCCUUUCUCCGCAGCUGGGCAUAACUUUGCGUUGAAUGCCUUUGCCGGAGCAGAGUCCUCCUCCGGUGGCCACUCUUCUGGUCCCUCCUCCUCAUCAUCCAGCGGAGCAGGCAGUUCAGGAUGCGGCGGAAUGCUGCGGGCGCGGCAUGGUGUGAUACAGACGCCCAACUUCCCACACCGGUUCGGCACGCCAAUCGAGUGCGUCUGGAUAAUCGAUGCCUCCGAUCUGCCUUCCACGGGCCAGAAUGUCUCCAUUGUGGUGUACCUGACCCAGCUGUAUGUGCUGAGCGGUCUGAAGUUUACGGAGUACAUGUACUACUCCGACGACUUCAAGGUGCCCGCCCAUCGCGUAUUCACGCUCACCGAGGACGAUGUCACCCAGGCCACGUGGGUGCAGUUCCACAGCCAGUAUCUGGAGAUACGCUUCACGAUGGCCACGUUGGAUGGCACCCAUCUGCGGGCACUGGACCGCCUGCUGGACGUCUAUGGGUUCAAUAUUACCUACGAGGUGCAGAACGAGGUGAAGACGUCGCAGUGCAAUGCCCUGCAGUGCCGCUUCCUGGGUGAUUGCUAUGCCACUGCUGAUUAUAGCUCAUAUGGAUGCGCCUGCUUCCCCGGCUUCAGUGGCAGCGACUGCGGACAUGGACCGCUGUGCCAGGACCUGCAUACGAACGUCUGCCAGAACGGCGGCACUUGCAAGCACAUCGGCGACGCCGCCAUAACUUGCCACUGUCCGAAGGGCUUCAAGGGGACCAGAUGCGAAAUACCCGAAAUAAACGAGACGACGCAGGGCUGCACCAGCAACACCAGCUCCAUCGAUUGCCACCAGGCCUGCGACUUUGAUAGCUUCAGCCGCAUUGGCUCCAUGCCCCCCGGUCAGCGUUAUUCCGCCGUAAAAACUAACCGGAACUUGGCUCGCAGCGGUAAAACCCGAUACGAAGUGACCAUGAGGCUCGGAGCCAAUCUCACGGGAUACUAUCGACACGCCGACCGGGAUCAGCUUUCGGGCGUUAUGGAGAGACAGUUGGGACGCGUGCUGCGCAACUUCAACAUCACCAAGAUUAACGAUCUGGAGCUGAUCUCCAACACCACCGAUCGCUUGGACAUUACCUUUCACUUCUUCGGCGUCAAAGGAGACUCACAGCGCAUCAGGGACGCCAUUACUCGCAUGGUGGAGCGCGGCAGGAUAGGGAACUUCACCCUGGUGGCCAACUUCCAUCACUUCGACGAGAACCCGCCUCUGAGCUUGCUGGACCUGAGCGUCAAUCAACCGCAAGCGGGUGUGCGCGAGGCCAGCGAGUUUAUCAUAUCCUGCUCCGCCCAGGGCUCAUCUCGGAUGCAGUUUCAAUGGUUCAAAGACGGAGCUGCGGUUAAUGCCAGCCGGGCAACGAGGGAAAUCUGGACCACAGUCCUACCGCCGGAAACCAAGGAUGUCUACACCGCCAUACUGGGCGUGACCAAGGCAAGUCGGAUCGAUGAAGGCGUCUACAGCUGCAAGGUCACCGAUUGGGGCGUAGAGCAAUGCCGCUCCCUGCACAUCCACAUCAAGUCACCGCCCCGUCUGCGCGUGGAUCCGGCAAGCGUGACCCUCCAGCGCGGAGACUCCCUGCGGGUACGGUGUCUCUCCCCAGGAAACGACGACAUCAAGCGGUACGCCCAGUUGGGCUAUAGUUGGACCCGCAACGGGGUACUCUUCCAGUCGGACGCAGCAACUGCCAUGUGGGAGGACCUGUAUCCCGAUGGCAGCAUCCUUAAGAUCAACAACAUCCAGAAGUCGGCGGAGUACGCCUGUCUGGUCUCCAAUAGCGUUCGUCCCGUGUCCCGGAGCGUCUAUAUCAAUGUCAUCGAACGCAAUGCGGUCCACGUGUGUCCGGCAGAGUCAACGUACGGCGUCCACUGGCCCACCAGUGCUCCUGGAGCACCCAUCAUCACCGACUGCCCGCGCGGCUUCGAGGGUCACUUGCGCCGCAUCUGCGAACAGCGAGACACGGGCAACUCCAGCUGGCUGCUGCCCGACUUCUCCGGCUGCGUCCGCGACGAGCUGCUGCUCAUCUACAAUCGCUUCCUGGCCCUCAGUGCCGGCUUCCAGCAGACGAACUCCUCGAAUAUUCUGAAGGCCUGCUUUGACUUUACCCUGCAGAGGCGGCACAGUUUCCUGCCCGGCGAGGCCAGCUUCCUCAUCGAUAUGCUGCAUGAGCUCGACACCUACCUGCAAUUGAAAGGCACACAACUGGAGCGUGAGAUGGCCGCGGAGAUUAUACUGCGCAUCCUGGAUAAAGUCAUGCAGAAUGCCCAAUCCUUGAACAGUCAACAGCAAAUUAAAAAGCUGCAGCUGCUCACGCAAUCGGCGGCGCUGAAUCGCGAGACCAUCGCGGCCUCCCAAUUGGCCACAUCGACCAGCGGCAGCAGCAGCAGCAGCAUUCAGCCUUCGGCAGGUGACAGCUCCACUGACCAGCUGACCGCACAGGGCACAGGCAGCUCCGGGCCAGGCUCCGACAGCGGGUCAGGUGCCGUGACGGGCAAUGAGAUUUCCGCGGGAGCUCCUGGAAGCCUGCAGGCCAACCGAGCCGGGGGCAGCGGCGGUGGGCCAGAUUCCAGGGGAGCAGGAGCAGGAGGAGCCGCCACAAGCAUCCUGACAGUCGAUGAGGACACGCUGUCACUGGACCGGCUGAACUCGCUGCGCAUUUACAUGACGUCGGUGAAAACGCUGCCGUUCAAUUUACGCAUCUAUGGCGAGGAUUUGUUCUCGGAUCAGCUGUAUAUGGACAUCGGACUCUCUGCUCGCCUGCUGCACAUCAUGGCCAACUCAACGAUCUUCGCCUCGGUCAUCUCGUACAAGAAUCUAAAGAGUUUCCUGCCCAAGACCUACUACACGCGUGGCAGCGACCCUCGAGACUCCGACUAUGUGCUGGCCUCACGCAUCAUCCAAACCUGGCUGUUCCAGUCGAAUCGAUCCAACGACAACUUUCGCGAGCCAUUGGACCUGCCCUUCGAGGCUGGUCACGUGGAGAUCAUCUUUCAGCACGAGAGUGUGCCCAGAACGGGCGAUUGGGUGGCUGUAUGCGGGCACGACUACAAGGCCUCCUUCGACUCCACGUGGCGCUCGGACCUGUGCAUCACCAAGCAUCUGAUGGCCAACAUAACGCGCUGCAUCUGCCCGCUGUCCGGAACCUACGUGGUCAUGCUCACCAAGCGCCAGCAGAAUGCCACUCCAUCUCAUGUCCCCCAGCGGCCCAUCUUCGUGAUCGCCAGCUGUGCCUGCUGCUUGCUCCAGUGCGGCUCGGCGCUCCUCAUCCUAGUGCCCAUCUGGUGCAAUCGCAAGUGCGCGGUCACAUUCCUCAAGAUGCAGUUCUGCAUCUCCACGUCGAGUGUGAUGCUCAUCUACUUGCUGGGCUUUAUGAAAAUGCUGCCAGUGAACUGGCACGCCAUCAUUAGCAGCUCGCUGGCAUCGCUGUUGUUGCUGGGCAUCUCGACGCUGAUUGCGAUUGCCUUGGCCAUCCACACGGAGCUGAUGCCGAAGAAGUAUCUGCAGAUUGGCAGCAAGCCGGCGACGCCCACCAAGAGGCAGCGGGUGCAGGAGCGCGAGAAGGACCGCGAGCGGGAACUGGAGAGUCUGAGCAACAUCACGCAGAUAAGGGCACAAUCGCCGCCAGUGUCGGGGGCCACCACGGGCUCCGCCAGACCCCAACGCCCGGCGCCCAAGACUAUGUCCUCCCUUCCACUGCAGGGCGGAUCGGCGGGAAUACGUGGCGCCAUUGGAAUCAGUUGGCUGCUGCCACUGCUCUUCGCCGUGGCUGCCCCCCUAAUCUGCAGCAUCAUUGGCCAAUGGCCACGACAUUGGUGGCUGGAGGUGCUUUGGCUGCGGGGAGCUGGCUCUGCGGACGUCAAGACAGAUGGAGGAGGAGGAGGGGGAGGAUCGGAGGAGCUGGAUGGCGGCUACUAUGCAACGCACUCGCUGCUCAAUGGCGAUAAUUUACUGCUCGAAUCGGAGGCACUGCUGGGCAAUGGCAGUAGCUCAACGACUGAGACGUCAUCGCCCGAUGAUGUGGCCACAUCGGCGUCAUCAAUCACAGGCGGACACAGCUACAGCUUCAUCUCGUCGCACCAGCAGCAUGAGCAGCAGUUGCCUGCCACUUGGAGUCUUGGUCGCAGCAGCUCCACCUCCUUUGCCACUUCCGUUUCCGCGCUGGCUGCGCCUUUGACAUCCGGUCUGGGCGAUGCCACUUCGACAUCGUCGACGUCGUCGCCUUCGCUGAGCUUCCUCCUCUUCGCCUGCAUCGAUUUGCUCUUCAUACUGCUCUUCUUUGCGCUGUUUGCCAUUUUAAUGAAGAAACUUUUGUGGUUGCGGCACAAGAAUCGCAAUGUGCAUACGCAUCCGUUGGAUAAAUUCAAUCUGGCUUUGCGCAGGCGCUUUGGAUUACUCUACCGAGCCGGAGGACUGCUGCUGGCCAAGCUCUGCAGCGAUGGGUGCUUCAUCGUUUAUGUUAAUUCAUCACCGGAUACUUUGUGGGCAUAUCCGUUCGGCAUAUCGUGCAUAAUAUUGGGCUCGGCCAUCCUCAUCUGCUUCGUCGUCAAGGCCGAGAGCCAGCUGCGAGGACCGCCCUUCCUCAGCAGCAAUGGGAGCAGCCAGAACAGCUCCCUGAAGCAGGCCAAAUUCAACACGAGCCGGAGCAGCCUGGACGAGAACUACUGCACCACCACGACGACGGCCAAUGUCAACAGUCCGCUGAGCUUCUAUACCAAUCACGACAAGGAGAAGGAGAACGACUGUGCAGUGUCGCUGUCAAUGUCAAGCGCAGCCGUGUCCUCCGCAGCAGCCGUUGGAUCCUUGGCCUCUUCAGCGGGCUGCGCUCCGCCCCUGCAGCCGAAGGUGGGCCUAGAACUGUCCGGAGCACCAGUCUCCUCCGGCGUGCCACUGCCGUUGACAAUCAUCUCGACAGCGCCUCGCUGCCAGCCGGGCGCUGAUGGAGCGGCGGAGACCUUCCUCGGUGACCACCAGCACCAGCCGCUGCCCCUAUCCGUGGCCCCAUCACCGGAUACCCGCUGCUGUGCGUUGUUGGGCGGCGGACCCGGCUACGAUGCCUACACCAUGGGAGUGGGCAUGAACAUGGGUGUGACCGUGGGUGGAUUCACUGGAAGCCUGGGCAGGCGGACGCUUCACAGGCAGCCGGCGCAGUACCGAACCGGGCCAUGCGGAGAGUUCGUGGGCGUUGAGACGCUCGAUAUUCUGCAGGGCGUGGCAGCAGACAGCAUAAUCGGCAUUCACACCAGUGCCAUUAUGCCCACGGCCUCCAGCACUUCUCAUUAUGUUCCGCUGCAGCAUAAUCCCUAUGUGGACUUCGUGCCCAGUCCCCUAAUCCUGAGCAUGCCUGCGCCCCAGCUGCCGCCCCCGCCGACCAUCAGUGGGAACCUGAGUGGAGCAUCCAUUACGCCGAUGUCUCUGCCCACGCAGACGCCCAAGACGCAGAAGCGAGUGACCAUACUGGAGCCUACGUCGCGCACCACCUUCGACCCCCUGCUGCCCACGAUGGUGGCGGCUGUUGUCUCCACAUCCACGGUCACAAGCACUGCAACAACGACGGCAGCCACACCCACUCCGACGCAGAGUGGCGGAGGGGGUGGUGCUGGCAAUGAUGCAACGCUGGAUCGCAUCACCCUCGAUCUGGACUACUUGCUCAACAGGGGGGCCAUGGAUGCCGCAGACGGAGUCGCAGGAGGAGGGCCCCCGGCGCCCACCAGUGAUGAUGGCCAGCAGAAACAAUAGCAAUAGCAAGUUGAGAGACAUUUAUAGGCCAAAACUGACACUAAGAUGCAUUUAAGAGGCUUCGUUUUUCUCGUGAAGAGCUGUAAAUAAGUGUAAAUCAAAUUUCAAAUGGAAAAACCAACAGUAGAUAACUCUGUGAAUAUUCAGAUAAGGUUAAUAUGGACACCCGGGUCUUUUCAAUGUGUUAUCAGUUGAUUGGGAAAGGCAACAUGACUUUAGGUCCUACGUUAACAGGCCAUCAUCCAGUGUUUAUUUCGAUGUCCUAAAGAAAACAUUUAAUCUUGGUAAACCAUUAAAUGUUGGACAUCAAUCACAACUAAACUCAUAUAAUUAGAAUCAAAUUUAACUUACCGUCAUAUGGAAAACCGAAUGAAAGAAUUUAAACUAACGAUAACUUUUUAGCUAGAUUUACAAAAGGCCUAUUGAAACGACAACACAAUGAAAAUGACAAACAAAUUAAUGAGCGAGAACACGGCAAGGCGUGACAAAGUUUUUGAUUCCAUUUAAAGUUUUCCUAGAAAUAAAGCAAAAUUAAACCCCAUUAAGAAAGAGAAAAUAAAAAAAAAAAAAAAAAAACCUACAAAAUACAAUAAUUGUAAUACUAUUAAAAACAGGACUAUUUCUGGAACAAAACAAAUUAUACAGAUAUAUAUCUUUAAAUAAACUCAAGACUCUUGUUAGAAAAUCUA